AUGCAAACAAAAAAAUAUUUUGUAUAUUUGGCUAUACCUAUCACUAUUGCAGGAAAGCUCAGAAUAGGAAGAGUUUUGUCAUAUAAAAAUUCUUCUUCAUGUUCCUCAUCAGAUACUGAAGUGCUAACUCAAAAUAGUACAAUUUUAUGGUCAGCUUUAUACAAUAGUUAUUUUGAUGAAAUCAAUUUUGACCCAAUUGACUUACUUUUAGCAAAAAUGAGGUUUAAUUCAAGCUUUAAUUGUUCUUCUAAUCUUGGAUGUCUUAACAUGGAUCUAAAUCAUAACUGGAUUAAUAAUACUAGACAAUAUUAUUCUAAUACUAAUAUUGAAGAAGCAAGCUCUUUUAUACAAAGACCUAAUCAUGAUAAGAGUAAUGAAACAGAAAAUAAAAAUUUAAUUACUGAUAAAAUAGAUUACCAAACUUUAAAUGAAAAUCAGUUAACAAUCUUCAAAUCUAAAUCACCUAUAUUUGUGCUUGCUUUAACAGGUGUUACAGCCUUUAAUAUUAAUAGAACAACAAUUCAUUCAAUACUCUCCAUUCCAAUACCUACUAGUACUCACCUUGAUAUGAAUAAAAAGCAACUAAAACAGUUGCAGAAUAGAUCUUUAAAUAUUCCUGUUGCAAAAGUUCAUGCAGUAUAUUAUAUAAAUAGUAAAAAAGCCAAAAAUACAGAUUCAGAUAUAGCAAAGGGUCUUGAAGCAGAAUUAUUACUAGCCAAAGAUAUACAUAUUAUGCUAAUAGCAAACCUAUGGACAGAAGCUAAAUUAGUAAACAGUUCAAUGGGAACUAUUCAAGAUAUUUU